AUGUUCGUAGCUGAGAAAGGUAUGUUCCGGCAUUGUAGGGAACAUGUGAAGGCGAUGGACGACUAUCUAGCAUCGCAGUGUGAAAAAAUGCUGUAUCUCGAUUAUACUGGAAGACACAAUGAGGAGGUCGUCGCGAAUGAGAAUGUUGAGAUCAGAGUCGAUAAGCAACUGAGAACUGCAAUCAGAAUAAAAGCGAGUCGGCCGAAUAUCAUGAUACACGGUAAGAAGCGACGUGAAGUGAUCCUCACUGGUCAGGACAGGUUAACAGCAGUCGAGACCAAGAAAACGAAAGUAUGA